CAAGGUCCUGCGGAAACAAGUCGCGGCGUCGCGCGUUGUAACAAUGCUAAACCGACUGCCAAAGUGAUCGCUUUCUUUCUAGUUUUGAAGGGACGAUUCUAACUCGCGUGUGUCGUGUGUCGAUUAGUGAUAACCAGUAACUAGUGAUUAAAAUCUACACAUAGAAUAAACUUUUAUCGCAUAAAUAAAUAUACACUAGUUUCUUUAAAAAAUCGUUGAAAAUGCAAUAAUUACAAUAACGACAAAUUAUUUAAUCACGUCGGUGCUAAACAAACACGAUGGAGGAGGAAUUCCCGGUGAAAUGCUACAAGAACUCGUAUGACAUUGGCAAAUUUCUCACCUAUCAUCCUGGAGGAUUCAAUUACCUACAGAACUAUGAGAACAAAAAUGUGGAACGUCGUAUGAGAGAGACCAAUCAUUCUACUACUGCCUACUACCUGCUUAGGGAAUAUGAAAUCGAUGGCAGGGACGUUGACCAACACGAAGACAAUGAAGAUUUGGAGCAUUUAGUGGAUUGGAACAAGCCAAUGCUAAGCCAAAUAGGAAAAUUGGGCACAAAAUAUAACCAGUGGGUGACGCUACCUGUAGACCGCGAACUGCGGCUGUUUGGAAAUCCGCUAAUUGAAAACCUCACGAAAACACCAUGGUUUCUUGUUCCUAUAAUCUGGUUACCGGUAAUUGUAGUUUUUUUACAUAUUGGUUGGCAAGAUUACACAAAAAGUACACGCCAACCAAUCCACACCUCCAUUUUGAGCGCCAUUGGCCUAACUGCUUUCGGUGUAGUGAUUUGGACUCUUCUGGAGUACACGAUACACAGAUGGGUGUUUCAUAAAAUGCCAUCAGGGCACUCCAAAGCACAAAUUGUGUUUCAUUUCAUCACACAUGGAUUACAUCACAAGGUGCCUUUUGAUCACAAACGCCUGGUAUUUCCACCAUUUCCGGCCGCAAUUGUUGGCUCUAUUCUUUUAGCGAUCUACUCAAAAAUAUUCCCGGGCUCAGUCUUGUUUUUAGUCGCAGGAGGAACUGCUCUUGGAUAUGUGACUUACGAUAUGAUCCACUUCUAUUUGCACUACGGUUCGCCCAAAGAAAAUACGUUCCUGUACAACAUGAAGCGAUAUCACAAUCAGCACCAUUUCGUUCACCAAGAUACAGGUUUUGGAAUUAGCAACAAAACAUGGGAUUACUUCUUCGGAACAUUAAUAAACUUGAAGAAACUUGCAAUGCCCAUAAAAUGGUCUACAUGUUUCUCAAAGAACAAGUAACCGUGUGAUAAAAACUGUUUGCGUAUUGAAUUUGUUACACGUAUGCCAGUGAAUGUUACACGUAAUUUAUUGUUAUCAUUUUAUAAACCAAAGGCACAAAGAUUUCGGCUGAAUACAUUUUUACAUUGAA